GCCAUUUUUGUGAUUUUUACAUCAUUCUCCUCAGCUUAACAUCCUCUUUCCAGAGCUAUACUCAACUAAGUCGAAAAAUACUCCUAUCAGAUGUUAAAGUACAUAAUGUUGUCUUGAAUUCUUCAAUUUUUCCAAUAAUACCAGUGCUACAUUACACCAACUAGAAAUAAUUCAGUGUGAAUUCUGUAAUAUAGUAUAAAUUGUAAUAUUAUCAAAUGCUAUACUACACUAACUCAUAAUAGUGUAGUUUCACCUCUGAACUACUCAGCUGUUAUUACGAAUUCCCCAAGCAAUACAGCACUAACUCGAAAUAGUUCUCUGUUGACUUGGAAAUCAGGUAGGCAGUGGUAAAACAUUCCGAGUCGGCGUCGUUUCUAAAGGUUUUAGGUUAAUGUUACUCCAGGUAUGGUGCAAGAAUAAUUAUGUUCUGUGGUCGUGCAUUGUAAUUCAUAAUAAUGUCUAGUAAAAGUUCCAGUAAUAAUAUUAUUUGUAGGGAAUCACGUGCAGCAUUUAUUGUAAGUUUAUCUCAAACCGCUGAAGCAAUAAGACAAAGCAACGAAUUUGUGGAUGUAACCUAUUUAAAUGAACAUUCUAUCAACAAUGUUAGAGAUGCCUUGCGGCAUGAAAAUGAACAGGUUAUUAUCUCUGACUGUGAAAACCUCAAUUCUGUCAUUGCUACUAAUGAUCAUACUCCUGAAAUUAAUGACAGGAUGGAUUAUGAAUCAGAAGGCCAUAACAAUGAGCAAGAUAUUUCUGAGUGUGAUGAGACUUAUUCUGAAGCUGAUGACUCUGAUAAGGAUGCCAACUAUUAUCCUCCUGAGAAUAAUGACUCUGAUAAUGAAUCUAAUCAGUCUCUGAUGGAAAUGGAUGCAGAACAAGUGGAAGCUAUCAGCAAUGAGAGUGAAGUGCAAGCUGCUGAAGUGCUUCAAGAAAAUUCAGCUAUAGAGAUGCUCCAAGAAAAUCCAGCUAUAGAGAUGCUUCAAGAGAAUCCAGCUGGGCAGUUGCUUCAAGAGAAUUCAGCAGCAGAGGUGCUUCAAGAGAAUCCAGCUGUAGACAUGCUUCAAGAGAAUCAAGCUGUAGAGGUGCUUCAAGAGAAUCCAGAACUUGAAGAUUCUGAAGUAAUUCAAAGAAAAUCGAGGAAGAGAGUCAGAAGACCAGAAACAUGGAAGAAAAAUAUGAUGAAAAUGAAGAAAAGAUCAGGAAAAGAAUAUGAAAACUCAAGGGGUAAUUUUGUGGAGAAAAAAUCUUUGAAAAAUGGAUGUAGUGAUAAAUGUAGGAUUGGAUGCACAAAUAAGAUAAAUAAUGAUGAAAGGCAGAUGAUUUUGGACAGGUUUUGGGACAUAGGUGACCAGACACAACAAAGAAACUUUGUCAUCAAUCACUUAGAAGUCAUUGAACCCAAGUAUAGGUAUCAAAGAGAAGGUAGUAAUAGAGGUAAAAAUUUUGCUUAUUAUUUUGAUUUGAAUUCUUCAAGAACACGUGUUUGUAAAACAUUCUUCUUGAAUACCUUGAGCAUCAGCAAUACAUUUGUGAAUACAGCACUGAGUAAAAAGGAUGAGAUGGGUAUAGUUCAAGGGGAUUUGAGAGGGAAACAUGUCAACCAUAAAAAAGUGGAUGAUAGUAUAAAAAAAGGAAUCCGAGAGCAUAUAGACUCUUUUUGUCGAAUAGAGUCUCAUUAUUGCAGGGCUGAUUCCAAAAGGGAAUACAUUGAUGGAGGCCUUACAAUAGCAUCGAUGUACAGAAUGUACAAAGAGAAAAAAAUGAGUGAGGGUGAGUUGUAUGGUAAACCUUACCUUUAUGAAACAAUAUUUAACACAGAGUUUAAUAUCUCCUUUCAUAAACCAAAAAAAGACCUUUGUGUAUUAUGUGAAAAAAUAAAAGAUUUAAAUGAGGAGGAAAAACAGAAAAUUAAAGUUCAAUAUGAACAACACCUAAAAGAAAAAGAGUUGUCCAGGAGUGAAAAAAAAAGAGAUAUAGAGGAGAAAAACAUUCAGUCUGUUCUAACAUUUGAUUUACAAGCUGUGCUACCUGUUCCAUGUGGAGAGAACUCUAUGCUGUAUUACAGAAGAAAAUUGUCUUGCUACAACUUUACUAUUUACAAUAUUAUUGAUAAGAAGGGCUACUCGUACUUCUGGAAUGAAGAAUUGGGAAGACGAGGAGCAAAUGAAAUUGGAAGUUGUGUCUACAACUUUCUGAAGGAAGAAAGUGGCAGUCUUCAACAAGAUAUUGUGUUUUACUCUGAUAAUUGUGUAGGGCAAAACAAGAAUAAAUUUCUGUUUUCUUUGUACACACAUUGUGUAAGGAAUUUGAAAUAUAAUUCAAUCACACACAAAUACUUGGUUGCUGGUCAUACCCAGAAUGAGGGAGACCAUAUGCACUCAUUGAUUGAAAGAGAGAGAAAGCUGAUGCUGACUAGAGGACCGAUUGUCCAUCCAUCACAAUGGACUACAAUUAUUCAGUUGUCCAAGAAGACAGGGAAUCCUUUCAAAGUGAAAGAAAUUGACACGUCAGAAUUUUUUGAUUUAAAAUUGCUGACUAAGCAGAUGGGGAAAAAUUUCUCAAUAAAUGAAGAGAAGGAAAAAAUACUUUGGCAUGACGUAUGUUGUGUAAGGGUGGAGAAAAAAUGUCCAAACACAAUCCUGUACAAAACCUCGUAUGAGCAAAAGGACUGGAUGAAAUUACACAUCAUGGGGAGAGCCAGAGGGUUGAAGCUGAAAACUUCUUGUGAACUGGUUCCUGCAUAUUCAGACCGACCGGGGAUUCCAGCUCCUAAGAAGAAAGAUCUACUUGAUCUCUGUGAUGCCCACGUGAUUCCCAGAGUACACUGGGACUUCUACAAAAAUUUGAGAGUCAAUAAUUCAAAUACAAACGUAGAAGAUGAUGAAUUUUAAUUGGAAAUAUCACUUUUUUCAUAUUUAAUGUUUUAUCUUAUUUCCUUGAAUUAAUAAUAUCAAAAAUUAAAUUAUAAUA